GCUACAGGGGCGGGGCUUCCUGCCGGAGCGAACACGCGGUUCCGUGAUCGGUGCGCUUUCCCCCCUCGAUCCGUGCAGACGCCCACACCUUGUGAUUCGCGAUUCAUGAUUCACGAGUCGCAGCGCUUCUAGCACACCCCGACUCUCCACCGGACCGACGGAACCCGUCACACAUCAUCGGCGCCAGCGCUCCCGGAAUACGUUCAGCCGCAUCUCAUACGGGUCAUGACGCUGGAGGCGAUCCGGUACCGGCCCGGUUCUCUGCAGAUCCUCAACCAGCUGCUGCUGCCGCGCGAGACCGUGUACGACGAGAUCCGCUCGGUGCGGGACGGAUAUGAGGCCAUCAAGAGCAUGAAGGUGCGUGGCGCUCCCGCCAUCGCCAUCGUGGGCUGCCUGAGCCUGGCCGUGGAGCUGCGGGCGGGCGCCGGGGGCGACGACCUCGUGUCCUUCAUCAGGGACUCGCUGUGCCACCUGACGUCCGCUCGACCCACGGCGGUCAACAUGGGCCGCGCCGCCCGAGAGCUCAUGGAGUUCACAGAGAACGAGAGCAUGGAGAAGAACACAGAGCAGCUCCGGGACAGCGUGAUUGGCUGGAUCGAGGAGAUGUUGGAGCGAGACGUGAACGACAACAAAAAAAUCGGCAACUACGGCGCGCAGCACAUCCUGUCGGGCGUCCCGCGAGACUCGGUCACCAUCCUCACGCACUGUAACACCGGCAGCCUGGCCACCGCGGGAUACGGCACGGCUCUCGGAGUGGUGCGGUCGCUGCAUGCGCUGGGCCGCUUGAAGCGUCUCUACUGCACAGAGACCCGGCCCUACAACCAAGGGGCCCGGCUGACGGCGUACGAGGCCGUGGCCGAGGGCUUCCCCGCCACCCUCAUCACAGACAGCAUGGCAGCGCUGGCCAUGAGGGAGAAGGGCAUCACGGCUGUCGUCGUGGGAGCAGAUAGGGUUGUGGCCAACGGCGACACGGCCAACAAAGUGGGCACGUAUCAGCUGGCCAUCGCUGCCAAGCAUCACGGCGUGCCGUUUUACGUGGCGGCGCCCAGCACGUCCUGCGACCUGAGUCUGGAGAGCGGACGAGACAUCGUGAUCGAGGAGCGUCCGGCCGAGGAGCUCACCAGCAUCAACGGGGUUCCUGUAGCCGCUCCUGGGAUCGACGUGUGGAACCCGGCGUUCGACGUCACUCCUCACCAGCUGAUCACGGGCGGCAUCAUCACGGAGCUGGGCGUGUUCCUGCCGUCUGAACUCCAGGCCGCUCUCACGGGGAGACUCACGGCUCUGUAGGCCUCGCUCCCUCCUCGUGUUUUCACCUCGCUGUGGUGGAAGUGGCACCUUUAAUUACACACACAAGCGUCGGCACUGAGGUGUAAACAAGGUAUACUAGGCACGUUCGAUUCGAUUCAACACUUAACGUGGAAUAACACCAUGUGACACACACUUGUACAACCCAGGGAUGCUUGUAAUCACACACACACACACACUCACACACACACACAAGUACGUUCUUCUUCUCUCUGUGUGUACAGCUCAUGUCACGUCAUCUCAUGUCUUGUUCCUUUUUCCACUCGUUUCUUCCCCCUCGAUCUGGCUCGGCUCCAGUUUUUAACAGGAAGCGUUUCACAGAGGAGGUAGACGGUGUCGAACAUUCAGAGUGUUUCAAAAUAAAAGUCUUACGACGAAUACGGGUCAACUGAUGCCCUUUAAGGGGGAACCUCAUGAACACACCCGGGUCGUAUUUCACCCCAAAAUCAAAUGAGAAAUUAAUUUGUUUUUAUUUUUAAUUAAUAACAGGUUUUUUUUACAACUGUUCAUUGUGAUUUUAAUGACACUUAAAUUAUUUUUCAAAUUUUCACCAGUAUAACACCAAACACAUUUUCUAACUAAAUUCUACAUUAAAAUAUUAUUAAACAAUGUUAUGUAUUGCAUUACCGUAUUUGUUUACUGUAAUAUUGUAAAAAAAAAAAAAAAAAACUAUAUUGUAGUAAUGAGAAUCCCAAUAAAGAUUAAGAUGAAGUGCAUUUCAAAAACAAACAAAAUAAAAACUUUACCUUUUUUGCAUUCUAUUACUAUUAAGGCGUUUUUGUAAGAAAUGUAUUUAAAAGUCCUCUUCGUGAUCCCAUGUUUUUUGCAUAACCACCACUUCUUUUGGUUUUGAGGUGAAGUGUUUUCAUGAGACUGUCCCUUACAGGUCUGACUGUUUAUUAGCUAUCGUAAUAGAUGUAUGUCAAAUAUAAGCCCACUUUAGAUGAGGGCUGUACUUUAAUCUACACGUAGACGUGAUUUAUGCCGAUCCGAGUGCCAGCUGAAUAAACUAUCUCAUGUUACGAAAUCAAAAUGUUAUAUUAACAUUAAGAGAGAUCUGCAAUCGAGCAAAUACAACAAACGGUGUGAGCGUUCGUAUUCAGAUGACCUUUAACCUUACCAGUAAAUACAGUAUGUAAAGUCAUUUAAACCCGGAACAUGAAACCAAAUUGUUUUCGCAUACAACUACAGUUAAACCUGCGACGUGUCUUUAAUCCUGUAAUUUAGGCAGAUGUAUGUGACCGCGGUGUGGGAAAAUGGUGCUAUGGAGCUAGAUGUUAGACAAUACCUCAGAAGAGAUUCCCAGACUCCUCUAGUACUUCCACUCUGUUUUUUUUUUUACCGUAGUUCUGUGUUGUAUUUAAUCGCGCGCGAUCGCAGGCGAGCCUGGGCGUGCGGCGGAUCCCUCGGGAUCCGGGCUUGCGCUCCGUGAUACCGAAUGUAACGAGGCCCGAGAUCCUCACUGCCUUACGAGACCAGCAAAAACACCCCGCCCACUGAUGUCCGAUUGGCUGAAUGCGACGGAGCCACGCCCACCGCUCAGAGAACAGCGCCGCCACUCACGGCUUUCCGAAAUCACCACGGCAACCCGAUUCAUAAUAAACCUCCUUAAAGUAACAACGUCCUGUUUUUUUUCACGUCAACGAACCUUAGUCGGGGUGACGUCAUAUUUAAUUUCUGACCAAUUAAAACGAGGUUAGACAGAAUUGCAGCACGUUCCAUGCAUUGAACGGUGGUUUGGCGACGUAGCUGGUGAAAACAUAAAACGGUUUUGAAAACGAUGUCCUUUAUAGUGCGUGCCGUGGCGGUACAGCCUCGUUUUGAACCCGCGUUAAAUUCAAAAUGGCGUCUAACCCGAUGAAAGGACGGUUCGCACCAAGAACGAUAACUAUAAAAGAUCGUUAUAAAAAACGUUUUCUGUAUUAAAAAAUGGCCACAGCGAGAAGUAUGUCGGUGGAAUCCCUUUCAGAACUGAUGAAUAAAAAUAUAUUUUGAUUCAGAAUCAGUCUUGUUUUAACGGCCUCGAGAAUUUAAAGCGUGUUCGUAGAUUAAAAGGACGAUGUCGUAAGCUAGCGUGGAUACGUACACAGUUAUCAUUCUUGGUGUGAACGGGCCUCAAGGUCUGUUUAGAUGACGUCGGAUCACGCACGGUAUUGAAUGCACAUUUAUUUUUUACAGUUUCAUGCGUGUAAAUGGACAAAUGUAGCAUCGAAACACUUAGAGCAGCUGUAAAUGUGUUUGUCAAAUUUUUCUUUUUUGGUUUUUGAUCCAAAUUCUCGCGUAACGCAGCUCAAAAAAACGAAAUUCGUUUAAUUUUUUUGCCAAUUUCAUUUUUUCGAAGACCGCGACUAUGAACGGGGGGAUGCGGAAAGGUUCGUUACGAAGACAAAUGUAGCAUAACUCGAGGUCAUCCGUGUGGUUUUGUAGUGUUCUGAAGGUACAGAGUUUAGUUUUCACAUCGCAUCGAUUGUUUUUCAUUUCUAUUUUUACUUAAAACUGUGUGAGCUGAUGAUUUGUUUCAUGUAUAUCUAUACAUUGUAUAUCCAUGAAUUGUGAUUAUUGGUGAUGAAACUGAUGUUUGAGAGGCCCUCUAUAGACGGGACACGCCACUCGACGCUAAUUCUACGAUGAAAUUUACAGAAUAAAAGCUUUGGAGCUCUCGACGUGCACGGCCUGGCUCUUUUAGAAACUUAGCCGGCGUGGCCAAAGCUGUCAACAUAUAUUCUAACGGUGAGACGGAUGGGAUGUCACGUCCUUCACCAGACAAUCUGAACACAGGACGGUGAGUUGCAUGUGCAGGGUCGGGCUGAUAAAAGAGCUCAUACGUUUUCCAUGUGCUUUAGCGCGAUGAGAGGAAACUCUUGUGCCAAAAUGACGACGGUGACUGUGAUCGGUGGACGGAUGUCCGUCUGAGAGGACCUCUUCGUGUUUCUGUUUGUUCUCGUUCUUCUAAUUGAUAAUCACCGCUGGGUUUGAUUUUGUAUUCUGUGGAAGUAGUUGGAGAAAAAAACUAUUACACUGGAUGUUUUUUAUACAUAUGAAUAUAAUAUACAACGUACAUAAAUUAAGAGAUGUCUGUUACACAUCGGAACAAUAAACAGAGAGAACCAA